GUGGGCUCAGUCUGGGUGCAACCACCCGAGGCGCCAGCGAUCCGGCUCGCUGCCUGCAGCCUUCGGGGCUGCCUCCGACGCAUGGCCGAGGCGCGGGGCUGGGGGCCGGCCGUGCGGCUUCCGAAGCCACGGACGUGGACGCCAAGGACGCCGUGGGGUGUGAAGGGCACCCGGGGCGACCCGCCGCGCUGGAAACCAGAAGCUGAGGCCAAGAAGGCAUGCGAGUGGCUGCGAGCAACAGGAUUCCCUCAGUAUGCUCAGCUCUUUGAAGAAGGUUCAUUCCCCCUGGAUAUUGGCUCUGUGAAGAAGGACCACGGUUUUCUGGACGAGGACUCUUUGGGGGCCCUGUGCAGAAGGCUGAUGACCUUGAACAAUUGUGCCUCGAUGAAACUGGAGGUUCAUUUUCAAUGCAAGCAGAAUGAAGACUCAGAAGAGGAAGAGCAGUGUACCAUCAGCAACCCCUGGGCCUCGCAGCAAGAGAGUCAGAGCUGGUCUCGCGUGGGCUCUUCUGAUCUGCUGGCCCCACCGAGCCCUGGACUGCCAGUGACAUCCAGCUGUGAGAGUGUACUCACUGAGUUUAGUGCCACCUCCUUGCCGACCAUCACUGUGAGCCUACCACCUGAGCCAGCGGACCUGCCCUUACUAAGCCGUGCCCCCAGCCCGAGUGACAGGACCCUCCUCAGCCCCACCCAGGGCUCAGAGGGUCCCCAGGACAAAGCAAAGAAGCGCCGUUCCCGUAGCUUCCUCAAGCACCUUGAGUCUCUGAGGCGGAAGGAGAAGGGUGGCAGCCGGCAAGCUGAGCCUGAGCGUAGCCCAGCCCCCUCAGAGAAGGCCACCAAAGCCUUCUCUUUCCGCAACCGCCGUGGCUUCCUCUCAGCUGGAUUCUACAGGGCCAAGAACCGGUCACACACCUCAGCCAGGGGCAGUGGUGCUGAGACUCAGAGGGUCUGGGAGGCCUGGCCUGUGGCCACACUCCGGCAUCCUCAGCGGGUACACAGGGGUAACUACCUGGUUCAUGUGCCUGGGGACCACAAACCAGGCACAUUCCCUCGCUCCCUGUCCAUUGAGAGCCUAUGUCCUGAGGAUGGACACCGUCUGGCUGAUUGGCAGCCAGGUAGGCGCUGGGGCUGCGAAGGGCGCCGGGGCUCCUGUGGCUCCACGGGCAGCCAUGCCAGUACCUAUGACAACAUGCCCGAGCUGUACCCAGCUGAGCCUAUACUGGUUGGGGCUGAGGCCGAGGAUGAGGAGGAGGGAGGGGGCAGCUAUGCCCACCUAGAUGACAUCCUCCAGCAUGUCUGGGGACUGCAGCAACGGGUAGAGCUUUGGUCUCAGGCCAUGUACCCAGAUCUGGAGCCUGGAGAUAAGGAAGAAGAAGAAGAAGAUGAUGAGGAAGAGGAAGAGGCCACUUCAUCCGUAGAAAUAGCCACAGUUGAGGUUGAAGGUCAGCCGGAAACUCUGGUCCAGGUAGAGGUUCCAGCCCACAGAGAGUCCUCAGCCUCAGUCCAGGAUGAAGUUCAGGCAGUUGCCCCAGCUCAUCCCUCGGGUGAGCUCCAGGCACAGGCCGAGCUGCAGGCCCAGGCUGAGGCCAAGCCACCGGGCCCAGCCCAGGAGAAUGAGCAAGAGGUGAAUUCAGGCGGGGAACCCACCUCUGCCUCCAGCCUGUCUGUGGAAGAAGGACACUCCAUUUCUGAUACUGUGGCCUCCUCCAGUGAACUGGACAGUAGUGGGAACUCCAUGAAUGAGUCUGAGGCUGCAGGGUCCCCAGCGGCUCUCCAGGCAUCAGCGCCCCGUGAACGACGAGAUUCAGGUGUUGGGGCCUCACUUACCAGACCCUGCAGGAAGCUCCGCUGGCACAGUUUCCAGAACUCACACCGGCCCAGCCUCAACUCGGAGUCGCUGGAGAUCAACCGGCAGUUUGCCAGUCAGAUCCACCUGUUGCACAAGGGUUCCCUGCUGCGGCUCACAGCCUUCAUGGAGAAGUACACUGUGCCCCACAAACAGGGCUGGGGCUGGUCAGUGCCUAAGUUCAUGAAAAGGAACAAAACCCCAGACUACCGGGGCCAGCACGUGUUUGGGGUGCCGCCCCUCAUCCACGUACAGCGCACAGGCCAACCACUGCCACAGAGCAUUCAGCAAGCCAUGCGCUACCUGCGCAGCCAGUGCCUGGACCAGGUGGGCAUCUUCCGCAAGUCUGGGGUGAAGUCUAGGAUCCAGAACCUACGCCAAAUGAACGAGUCCUCCCCGGACAAUGUCUGCUAUGAGGGCCAGUCGGCCUAUGAUGUGGCUGACCUGCUGAAGCAGUAUUUCCGAGACCUGCCCGAACCUAUCUUCACCAGCAAGCUCACCACCACUUUCCUGCAGAUCUACCAGCUGCUCCCCAAGGACCAGUGGUUGGCAGCAGCACAAGCCGCUACUUUGCUGCUCCCCGAUGAGAACCGAGAAGUGCUGCAGACGCUGCUCUAUUUCCUAAGUGACAUUGCCUCUGCCGAGGAAAACCAGAUGACAGCCGGCAACCUGGCAGUGUGCCUGGCACCCUCCAUCUUCCACCUCAAUGUCUCCAAGAAGGAUAGCCCUUCACCCAGGAUCAAGAGCAAACGCAGCCGUGUUGGCCGGCCGGGCCCUAGGGACCUAAGUGAGAAUAUGGCGGCCACCCAGGGCCUGUCACAUAUGAUCAGUGACUGUAAGAAACUUUUCCAGGUGCCCCAGGACAUGGUGCUGCAACUGUGUGGCUCCUACAGCGCAGCUGAGCUCAGCCCUCCUGGCCCAGCCCUGGCUGAGCUGCGGCAGGCCCAAGCUGCUGGCGUGAGCCUGAGCCUCUACAUGGAAGAGAGCGUCCAGGAGCUGCUACGUGAUGCUGCCGAGCGCUUCAAGGGCUGGAUGAGUGUGCCAGGGCCCCAGCACACGGAGCUGGCUUGCAGAAAGGCACCAGAUGGGCACCCCCUGCGUGUGUGGAAGGCAUCCACCGAGGUGGCGGCCCCUCCAGCUGUGGUGCUGCACCGUAUUCUGCGGGAGCGGGCCCUCUGGGAUGAGGACCUGCUGCGGGCCCAAGUGCUGGAGGCCCUCAUGCCGGGUGUGGAGCUGUACCACUAUGUCACGGACAGCAUGGCCCCCCACCCCUGCCGUGACUUUGUGGUGCUUCGGAUGUGGCGUUCUGACCUGCCUCGUGGGGGUUGCCUGCUUGUCUCCCAGUCCCUGGAUCCUGAGCAGCCUGUCCCAGAAUCUGGGGUGCGGGCCCUGAUGCUCACUUCCCAGUACCUCAUAGAGCCUUGUGGCCUGGGCCGCUCCCGGCUCACCCACAUCUGCCGUGCUGACCUAAGGGGCCGUUCUCCUGACUGGUACAACAAAGUCUUUGGGCACCUGUGUGCCAUGGAAGUGGCAAAGAUCCGGGACUCAUUCCCCACCCUGCAAGCAGCUGGCCCGGAGACAAAGCUGUGAGCCUCGGCCUGGUUCCAGGGUGACACCUUCCAGCCCCCUUGGUACCAGAAGAGUAGGGAGGAUCAGAGCACAGCAGACCCCAGAUGCUGCUUCCAGGGGCAGAACCAAUCCCUGCACCCCAGCUGCCUGGCCCCAUCCCCCGAGGUUCCUCUGCACAUACAGGGGAAAAAUUUCAGUGCCCUGUCUCCAUCCUACCCCCACCCCCACCCCAAACCUGUGUUCUGCCUUCCUGACAGAGGAGCCAUUUUAGGAACAAGAACAACGCCAUUGCCCCCAAGCCCACAGAGCCACCAGUCAGCCUGGAGCCUUACUGGCUCUCUGCCUGCGGGGGACAGAGGGAGAGGGCAGUGUGUGCUCUCAGCUCUCUGCCCUUAUGAGAGGCCAAGCCAUCCUGUUUGGUACUAGGGUCCCUUUCAGAUUGGACAGGAGGUUCUGGUCCUGCCUUUGAGCCCAACAUUGGCCCUAAACUAGCUUUUCCAAAGAAAUUGGAUGGGGCUAGAUGGGCAUGUAGGCAGAGCACAGGACAUCCCCAACCACCAUGUAGUAUUUUAUUUGUGUAAAUACGAUGCUGAUUUUUAUGAGGCUGAUUUAAAGAGUGGGCAUGGGCAGGCCCCUAGUAGGCAACAUGACGAUUUGGGAUAGCUUGGGACAUGAGAAUGGGGGGGGCGACUUCCUCUCUCAAGUCUCAAGAGACCAAUGAAAUAGCUUCCCCUGGCUUAGGCCCCAUACUUGAUCUCCCACUUUGUGGGGUCCUGUGCAGCCUUUGACCUCAAACUGCCAUGUCUAGAGAGUAGACAAGCUCACUCCCACCACACAGGCUGAGCAAAAGCAGAUGGUGGCAAGGAGACACGUAUCUGUGUCUGCAUCCCUUCUCCUGUUCUUUGUGCCUGCGGUACCAGCCUGAUAUAACAGCCCCUUCUUCAAGCAGAGACCUGGCCCCUGGUUCAGGUGGCCAGCCAGCCAGAUGGCGAGGCCUAGUGUCAGCCCAUUGGGGAGUGAUCCAAACUUGAUCUAUCCUGUCCAUUAGCUAUCUGGGUUCAUGGUGAAAUUCAAAUGCCAUUCAAGCACCAACUCACGAUUUAUUUUUCUUUAGGCUGAAUAAACUAAACUGAGAUGGUUCCUAGCCAACGUUGUACUUUUUAAGCCUAUUUUCCUUGUACUUAUAAAUACUGUACAGUCAGGAUAUGUAUAUGUAUUUGUGUACAUAUAGAUACAUAUAUAUAUAUACACACACACUUAUAUA